AUGGCUAGUGUCAAAGAAGUACCAAAUCUUGAAAAAAUCUUAUCUGAUUUUCUCGAUAAUCGAAAAGAAAUUAUCUCAGCGAUUAUGGAAACUGCCAAAAGACUGGAUGAUCAAAAUAAAAGUGUCAAUAUUACCAAAGUGGUAACUGGUAGCACUGGAAUUGCUGGUACUAUCAUUAGCGUAGCAGGAAUCGUACUUGCUAUACCGACUUUGGGCAUGUCACUUCCAUUCGCCAUUGGUGGUGCUGCCUUAGCGGCAACAAGCGGUGCAGCUCAUUUAGGUUCCGAUAUCACUAAUCGUAUUUUGACCAAAUCACAUUUAACGAAAUUAGAUGCACUUUGUCAAGCUGAUGAAUCAAACCUUUUAAAAUUAGCUGAUUAUCUAAAACAAAUGAUAAAAGACAUACAGAAUAAUCAGUUCGACGAUAAAACUGAUUUUAGAACAGCAGGAAGCGUUGUCGAAGGAAUAGCAGGUGUAGCUAAUCUGACAUGCUCAAUUAUUCGUGUCACACAGGCAGCAUCUGUGUCAAUUAGAACCGUUCAAAUUGCUGGUGCAGCUUCGGCUGUAAUGGGUGUUGUUACUCUACCAUUUCAAAUAAUUGAUCUUGCAAUCAGUGCACAGGCACUACACGAGAACAAAGUAUGUGAGACAUCGGCCAAACUUCGAGAGCUUGCUAAAAAUCUGGAAAUACAAGCAGACAAUGUCGCUAAAUUUAUUUUUGAGAGGAUAAAUCAAAUUCAUUAA